AUGUCGACCCCAUCACAAAAUAUCUACGACAACCCGAAUUUUUUCUCCGCAUAUGGAACCCUCGCCCGCUCACAACAUGGUCUAUCUGCAGCUCCAGAAUGGGCAACUCUGAAGCAAAUGGUCAUCAGCAAGACAUUGAGCGAAACAACGGAAUAUCCCUUGAAAGGAACCCGGAUCUUAGAUUUAGGAUGCGGAUACGGGUGGUUCCUCCGCUGGGCUCGUGAAAACGGCGCAGAGUAUCUCAAAGGAAUCGACAUCUCUCAAAAUAUGAUCAAUCGCGCAAAGGAGACCGAGGCUGAAAUCGGACGCGAUUCUCGAAAGCAGUCACUAGAGAAACCACCAAGUGGCGAGAUUGCCUUCGAAGUCAGCGACCUGGAGACUAUCACGCUCGGCAACGAAUCAGAAACUGGACUGUAUGACAUGGUGUACAGCUCUUUGACAUUUCACUACAUCGAAGAUAUUCCGCGACUGUUUCGCGAGAUCCAUGCUUGCCUGAAGAAGGGCAGUCAGCACGGCCGAAAUGGCCGCUUCGUAUUUUCGAUUGAGCAUCCGGUCACUACAGCACCAAUACAUCCAGGACCGGGGUUCAGGGUGAUAGAAGAAAACGGAGAAAAUCGCACAAUAUGGCCGUUGAAUUCUUAUGCGGAUGAAGGCUUGCGCUUGACGAGCUGGUUGGGGACCGAAGGGGUGAGGAAGUAUCACCGCAGUGUGGAGACAUAUGUUACGGCGUUACUGGAUGUUGGGUUUACUUUGACUGGGCUGAAGGAUUGGUCUCCUUCUAAAGAAGAUGUUGAAGGUCAACCGGAGUGGAGUGUUGAAAGAAAUCGUCCAUUCUUCUUGCUUAUAUCUGCCGAGGCUUGCUCAUGA